UGUGCGCUCAUUGAUCGGUGUGGCGUUUAGACUUGUUUAUGAGAUAACCGGGCGUCAAGGCGCGGGGGUUUGUAGGGAAAGACGAAAUGAAAAUAGGAGUACAGUUCCAGGCGAGCUCAUUUUCGCCUGCGCGGUCAAGUCAAACGUCUGAAAGCGUUGCAGGCUUCUUACCGCCUGCCUUUAGCUUUAAUAUUUUAACCCUAACGAUUGAUAUGAACAUUUGCAACAACAACAAAACGAUAAUCGAUAACACACAUGACACGCUCCGAAGUGUACACGAGAGCUGUCGGGGGAUACCAUCGUAUUUGAAAAGGUUUUUAACCCAAGGCUCCAACGUGCUUGUUGAGGACAAAAACUCCAUGAUGCACGCAUAAAGAUAUCCUGAGCACAUGGGCUCCUAUAGUGUGCUGACCAAAUGGUUUAAUGACCAGGACUAAAAAUGAGCAUCAGCAGUGAUGAGGUUAAUUUCCUGGUUUACAGAUACCUGCAGGAGUCAGGCUUCUCGCACUCAGCGUUCACCUUUGGCAUAGAGAGCCACAUCAGCCAGUCCAACAUUAACGGAGCCCUGGUGCCCCCUGCUGCCCUCAUCUCCAUCAUCCAGAAGGGCCUGCAGUACGUGGAGGCUGAAGUCAGCAUCAAUGAAGACGGGACCUUAUUUGACGGGCGGCCCAUCGAGUCGUUGUCUCUCAUCGACGCGGUCAUGCCCGACGUAGUACAAACCAGGCAGCAGGCGUAUAGAGAUAAGUUGGCCCAGCAGCAGCAGCAGCAACAACAGCAGCAGCAGGCGGCAGCAGGUAGCGGCAGCGGUGGCGCCGGGCCCCAAGGAAGCGCCAAGAACGGAGAGGGAGCGGCCAACGGGGAGGAAAACGGAUCCCAUGCCUUAGCCAAUCACCAUUCGGAGAUGAUGGAGGUGGAUCGGGAUGUGGAAAUACCGCAGAGUAAAGCCAUGGUCCUCAGAGGUCACGAAUCGGAGGUCUUUAUCUGUGCCUGGAACCCGGUCAACGACUUGCUGGCGUCCGGCUCCGGAGACUCGACGGCUCGGAUCUGGAACUUGAGCGAGAACAGCUCGGGCGCGUCCACGCAGCUGGUUCUGAGGCACUGCAUACGAGAAGGAGGCCAGGACGUACCCAGCAACAAAGACGUCACCUCGCUAGACUGGAACAGUGAAGGCACUCUUCUAGCGACGGGCUCCUACGACGGCUUUGCUAGAAUAUGGACAAAAGACGGUAACCUGGCCAGUACUUUGGGUCAACACAAAGGUCCCAUAUUUGCACUCAAGUGGAAUAAGAAAGGAAACUUCAUCCUCAGCGCUGGCGUCGACCGGACUACAAUUAUAUGGGACGCCCAUACAGGCGAGGCCAAGCAGCAGUUUCCUUUCCACUCUGCGCCCGCUCUCGACGUGGACUGGCAGAGCAACAACACGUUCGCCUCGUGCAGCACGGACAUGUGCAUUCACGUGUGUAAACUGGGUCAGGACCGACCUGUCAAGACCUUCCAGGGUCACACGAAUGAGGUCAACGCUAUCAAGUGGGACCCCACCGGCAGCUUGCUAGCCUCCUGUUCCGACGACAUGACUCUAAAGAUAUGGAGUAUGAAACAGGACAUAUGCGUCCAUGACCUUCAAGCCCAUAGUAAAGAAAUUUACACUAUCAAGUGGAGUCCGACGGGACCCGGGACCAACAACCCCAAUGCCAACCUCAUGCUGGCGAGCGCUUCAUUCGACUCGACGGUGCGCUUGUGGGACGUGGAACGCGGCGUGUGCAUCCACACGCUGACCCGCCACCAGGAGCCCGUGUACAGCGUGGCCUUCAGUCCCGACGGGAGACACCUGGCCAGCGGCUCCUUCGACAAAUGCGUCCACAUCUGGAACACUCAGACCGGUGCUUUAGUCCACAGCUACAGAGGGACGGGAGGGAUUUUUGAAGUGUGCUGGAACGCCACCGGGGAUAAAGUAGGAGCCAGCGCAUCCGACGGAUCUGUUUGCGUGUUAGACCUGAGGAAAUGACACCCGUGCGGGGGAGCCACGGACCGACUACGAAUGUGUACAUAGCCAAAAUGACUGAGCGUCCCUGCCUGUCCGCCCGCCACACUGCUGUAGUUCCCCCCGGAAGCCGCGGCCCCUUCCCCUCCGAACCCUCGUUCACGGACCGACCGCCGUUUCCACAUCCGCUUUUGUUUGGGUACGCGUGAGGGACUUUCAAGAGGAAGGCGAGGCGUCGCUUUCGGUUGGACCACAGACUGCGUUCCGAGCAAACCAAAACUUUUGGCAGAAUUGCUCUUCUUUAUCUUCUUUUUAAUCCUUUGUACCAGAAUUCUAAAGAUUUUUUUUUUUUUUUUUUUUUUUUUUUGCUUUGGUUUUGUUCUCUGUUGGUGUGUGCAUAUUGCAUAUGUCAGCAUUUGGUGUCCUGUGGACAUUGUUUUCAAAUCGGAGUUGACUGUAAAGUUUUAUAUUGUGUGCCGGGGAGAGAAUGUGGCAAGAGGACAGAGAGGGUUGUUUUUUUUUUUUUUUUUUUUGUUUUUUUUUUUUAAAGAAAAAAAACUAAAAUAAAACAAAAAUAAAGACGCCUGUCACUUUUCGCCACUCUUCAAACGUGCAGGUGUUUAUCUUGCAAGUAGGGCUGGGGAUCAAAAUAAAUAAAAUAUUCAUCACAUGCUCUUAAUUUGGGCCAUUUUAUUCCAGCAGGGGAUGAGAACAAAAAGUGGUAUUUGCCAUGUGGCAAAAUGGAUUUUGCCAUGUGGCAUUUUUUAUGGCCAUGUGGAAAAACUGAUUUUGCCACAUGGCAUAAAAAAAUGCCACAUGGCAAAAUCAAAAAUGUAUUUUCUUUCCCAUGUGGCAUUUUUUUGCCAUGUGGCAAAAUGGAUUUUGCCAUGUGGCUUUUUUUUUGGACAUUUGGCUUUUUUUUUUUUCUUUUUUUUUUCCACAUGGCAAAAAAUGCCACAUGGCAAAAUCCACAUUGCCAGAUUGCCAGUGGCAAACUCUAAUUUUGCCACAUGGCAAAAAAAAGGCCACAUGGCAAAAAAAUGCCACAUUUUUGGAUUUUGGAUUUUCUUUUUUUGUUGUCGUGUGGGGGGAAAAAUACCACAUGACAAAACCCGUUUUGGCAUGUGGCAAAAUCUGUUUUGCCACGCGGCAAAAUCCAUUUAGCCACAUUUUGAGAUUUUGGAUUUUUUGUUGUUGUCAUGUGGGAAAAAAAAAUGCCACAUGGCGUGGAUUGGCA